AUGACUUCAGAAUAUGCUCCUCAAACAACUUCCCUGGCUGGGGAGAACCCAACCAUAACCGUCUCUGGUAAGGGCUCUCUCAAAUCAACUUGUUACAUUAGACUGCAUAGAGUUGAAACUCAUAACUACAUGAGAGUCUUCCGGGUCCCAUGGAUUUUUGAAUGUGUCAAACUACAAAUGAGUGUUGAGUUGGUCACCACUGUCGACAAGGCCAAGACCAGCCCUUCUGUCAAAGGUGGUAUCUGUGAAGGAACCCUAAUAUAUAUAUUUCGACUGAAGAUGGGGAGAGGGAAGAUUGCGAUUCGAAGGAUCGACAACUCCACCAGCCGUCAAGUGACUUUCUCAAAGAGAAGAAAUGGGUUGCUGAAGAAAGCUAGAGAAUUAUCAAUUCUCUGUGAUGCUGAAGUUGGAUUGAUGGUGUUCUCCAGCACUGGCAAGCUUUAUGACUACGCAAGCACAAGGUAA